UAAAAUCAGGUAAAAUCGGCGUUCUCUCGAACAUUGGAGAAUCCAGAGCGCCUUCUGGAGUCGCAUUCUCAAUCCGAAUUCACAACCGUUCGCGUCGAAGUCGCGCAAUAACAAUUAACUGCGUGAAUAAAUUUAUCGCAUGAAGAACUGCAGCUGAAAUCGCGAGACAAAAAGAGCACAAAGCACAGCAAAAUACCGUACAAAUCAGCUACGUUUAUGGCGCACCAAGAGAAGAGGAAGAAUCAGCGCCCUGUCGCCCCCGCCUUUCAUCACAAAAACAACAACAAGGAGCAGAGCUAACACGAAAAAAAAAUACAAAAAUAUCAUAUAAUUUAUGUAUAUAUUUUUGCUACCACUUUUGUAUUGGUUAAAACUAAGAACGCUCCAUUGAUUUACUGAGCACACUGCCAGAGUUUUCAAGUUUUUCAAGACGUUGCCAGCUGUUUCUACCGCUGUUUUCACCUCCUUCUCAACCUCCUCUCCAUCUUUUUCAAAGGAAAGUGAGAGCGCGGUCAACGUCCUGCGAAGAGAGAGAGAUAGAUAGAGAGCGCACUAAAAACGAAGGUGAGCGAAAGGACACCGGCAGACUCUUCUUCUUCUUCGCCGCGAAAUAAUUUUAACUAAAUAUUAAGUGGCAAACAAAGUUGUUAAAAGAUAAAGCCAACACAGCAACCGGCAAAACGUAAUCAGCAACGUAAUCCCCCCGCGAACCAGAAAAACACAAGAAAAGCAAACAAAAUGCGCCUGUUUCCAGUACGAUUCGCUGCCGCCUCUUCUUCGAUGUCGAGUUUGGCUAAAAUGCUCGACUUUUACUCCGGCUUCAAUCCGUCGCCCCUCUCGAUAAAGCAGUUUAUGGACUUUGGUCAAAAUGCCUGCGAAAAGAAAUCCUAUAUUUUUCUGCGCAAGGAGCUCCCAGUUCGACUGGCAAAUAUCAUGAAGGAGAUUGCUCUUCUGCCCGAUAACCUGUUGCACACUAGGUCCGUAAGCGAAGUGAGCUCCUGGUAUGUCAAGAGUUUCGAGGAUGUGCUGGUGUACGAGAAAGCCGAGCCCACGCACGACAAUCUGCAAAAAUUUGUGGCCGAUUUAGAUCUCAUUAGGAAUCGGCACAACGAUGUAGUGCAAACGAUGGCUCAGGGUGUGAUCGAAAUGAAGGAGAACGAGGGUGGCCAGGUGGAUGCACCCACCGAGAGCUCUAUUCAGUACUUUCUCGACAGGCUCUACAUGUCAAGGAUCAGCAUUCGAAUGUUGAUCAAUCAGCACACCCUGCUCUUUGGAGGAAAUCCCCAUGCGGGUGGUCGCCACAUUGGUUGCCUGGAUCCCGCCUGUGAUUUGUCGGAUGUGGUUCGCGAUGCCUAUGAGAAUGCCCGCUUCCUAUGUGAUCAGUACUACCUGACCAGUCCGGCGCUGGAGAUCCAGCAGCACAGCAGCGAGCCUGGUGAUAACCCGCCUAUCCGUACAGUGUACGUGCCCUCGCACCUAUACUACAUGCUUUUCGAGCUUUUUAAGAACUCCAUGCGAGCGGUUGUGGAGCAUCACGGCCAUGACAACAAUGACACAUUGCCACCGUUAAAAGUUGCCAUUUGCAAGGGUAAAGAGGACAUCUGCGUGAAGAUUUCUGACCAGGGUGGCGGCAUUCCCCGCUCCCAGACCGAUCAGCUUUUCAAGUACAUGUACAGCACAGCACCGCAGCCCUCGAAAUCGGAUCUGCACACAGUGCCUUUAGCAGGCUAUGGAUAUGGUCUGCCGAUCUCAAGGCUUUAUGCUCGCUAUUUCCAUGGUGACAUAGUUCUGCUCUCCUGCGAAGGAUUCGGCACCGAUGCGAUUAUCUAUCUGAAGGCUCUGUCUGACGAGGCCAACGAAUUGCUGCCGAUCUUUAACAAGACAAGCUCAAAGUUCUAUCGCGCCACCGUGCCCACUGGUGACUGGUCCAAUCAGGUAAAAUACGCUAAAAAGAAGAAGACGAGCGCUGUCAGCCAGUAGACGUGUGAAAAUGCCAAAAAGCAAAAAAUACACAAAAUUAUAUAUGAGAUGAAAAAUGAAACGAACCCGCCUGGCUGUGUAAAGAGUUUGCGCCACCCUGCACUAAUUGAAUUCAACUCAAUCAAACCCAAUCCCAGCAAGCAAACCAAAUCCCGCAUCCGCAACCCAGUCAAGUGAAAAGUGUUUAUUUAUUGUUUUAAUGUUAAUGUUAAAUACAUCUUGUGUUUGUAUGUGCCCCACCAAAACUCCCCAACUCGAUUGAUUUUUGAAAAUUGUAAUUCUUUUGAAAUAUUGUCAUUUAACAUUUGACAUUCCACACACAUUGCCCACUUUGGAGCGGGCUGAAGUUCUAUUCAGUUUAUUUUUGUGGGGAGCGAGUGGCGCAGCGCCCUUGGCUUUAAGAUUACGUUUGUAGCAAUUUAAUUCGAUACAUAUUUAUAUAAACAUACCUAUAUAUAUACACGAAAAACAUUUAUACUCUAAAGUGAAUAUAUGUUUUGAAACAUUUUACGAAAUUAGCUUUAAUUUGUGGAUUUUAUUUAGGCUAUAGCCCGAACUGCAUGCAAUGUCAAAAUACAUUUAUCUUUUUGAGCGCACUAUUUAAAUAUAUUGCUUAAGUUAUGAAAGUUUUAAACAAAUAAACUAAAAAAUAUACACUAAAAAUGA